AUGGGCUUCUUCAACAGGUCCAAGUCGCCGCACCCGGCCGGCCCCUCGACCAGACGCCAAAAGCGCGUCCACGAUCCGCUACCAAUGUCGAGGCGACCGACUUUCGGUCAGUGGCUCAAGUGCACCUGGCUGGACAUUCUUACCAUGAUCUGCAUGGGUGCUGUUGGCCUUGGUGUCUACGAAGCCAAGCCUGCCCCCUCGAGAUCAUUCCCCGUUACAUUUUCCGACGGCGAGAUUGUCUUUCCCGAAUUCGGAUAUCCUCUUCGCGAUGAGAUUAUCCCCAUUUGGCUCGCCGCCUUCCUUGCCAGCAUCAUCCCCAUCUUCAUCAUUCUUGUGAUGCAGAUCCGCAUUCGAUCUUUUUGGGACGUCAACAACGCUGUUAUCGGUCUUCUAUACUCUCUCAUCUGCGCCGCCGUCUUCCAGGUCUUUGUCAAGUGGCUCAUCGGCGGCCUGCGACCUCAUUUCCUCGACGUGUGCAAGCCGGAUCUGUCACGCGCAACCAACCAGGGUUACAAUGAGAAGGGCUUCCUUAAGCUUUACUACACGCGAGAGAUUUGCACUGGCGACCCUGACCAGAUCGAUGAUAGUCUCGAGUCGAUGCCUAGUGGCCACACCACUGCCGCCUUUGCUGGCUUCGUCUAUCUGUACCUGUACCUGAACGCGAAGCUCAAGGUCUUUUCCAACUACCACCCUUCCAUGUGGAAGCUCAUCGCCAUCUACGCUCCCAUUCUCGGUGCCUGCCUCAUCGGUGGAGCCCUCACCAUUGACGAGUUCCACAACUGGUACGAUGUUUUCGCAGGUGCCGUCAUUGGCACUGUCAUGGCUUUCUCAGCAUACCGCAUGACUUAUGCCGCUGUCUGGGACUGGAGAUACAACCACAUCCCCCUCAACCGUGGUGCUCCUUUUAUGUACGCUGACGGCCGAGCUGAGUUGAUCGAUGCGGUCUUCACGCACAGGGCUGGCUGGGGAGCCCAUGGCGGAAGUGCUGUUGGACAUGGAUACAAGGGCGAUGGAGGAGAGGGCAUGCAUGGAAAUGGUUAUCAUCACUCGUCCCACAUUCCUCGACGGCCUGUUGGCAAUGGUGCGAGGGCUGAGGAUAUGGUGUGA